AAGUUACUGAAACAUAAGAUCUCAAAAAUAAUAAAGAAAGUAAGAAGCAUCGAAUCAAUUAUGUUUUUAAUCCCUGAAAUUUGCACGACUGGAAAACUCAGAGUAUUUUUCUAUCCUCGGAGUAGGAAAAAUACAAGGACAUGUAAUUAAGAGUUCGAUUAAUGAGUAGAACGUACUAAUAGAUUGACCGGUAAUUUUUAGGAGUCAAGAAUAUUGGGUGAGAGGUUAGAGUGACUAGCCGGAUACUAGUAGAAACUGCAAACAGUGAAUCAGUCGCCAGCAAAUAAAUACUGAAAUAAACCGAGGAUGCCCGCACCGACGUCAGCUGCCGGGGCGGCUGAGCCCGGACCACCCCGCACUGAGCUACAGGAGCUUCAAUACAAGGCUGGGCAAACGACUGAUGAGUCUUUGGAAAGUACGAGGCGUAUGCUGGCACUAUGCGAGGAGAGCCACGAGGUCGGGAUGAAAACUCUUGUAAUGCUGGACGAGCAAGGCGAACAACUUGACCGCAUCGAGGAGGGAAUGGAUCAAAUCAAUGCCGACAUGCGUGAGGCUGAAAAGAACUUGACGGGAAUGGAAAAAUGCUGUGGUCUCUGCGUUCUGCCCUGCAACAAGGGCGCGAGCUUCAAAGAGGACGAGGGUACAUGGAAGGGAAAUGACGAUGGGAAGGUUGUCAACAAUCAACCCCAACGAGUAAUGGAUGAGCGUAACGGCCUUGGACCUCAGGGCGGCUACAUUGGCAAGAUUACGAACGAUGCCCGAGAGAACGAGAUGGAGGAGAACAUGGGACAAGUCAACACGAUGAUCGGCAAUCUCAGAAACAUGGCCAUCGACAUGGGCAGCGAGCUCGAGAAUCAGAAUCGCCAGAUCGACAGGAUCAAUCGCAAGGGCGAGUCGAACGAGACAAGGAUACAAGUUGCAAAUGAAAGAGCACAUCAGCUCCUGAAAUAAGGUUUCGAUUCAAGCUGAAUUUGCGACGGCUACAAGAGCGAUCAACACAUACUGAACCAUCAAGGGGGCUACACAUAAAUAUAUAUAGAUAAGUAGAUAGAUAGACCGAGAGAGAGAAAGAGAGAGAGAGAGAGAGAGAGAGAAGCACCAGUUACUAGCGCGCGCCUAAGUCUCCAACACUUACAUUUUCGUUGCACGUCGUAGCAUUCUUUAUUAAUUUUCCUUGUAAAUUAUCUUUACCUGUCACUAUUUAUUUAAUAUCGUCGAUUUGACCAAGUAUGCAUUAAUUUGUCUAUUCCUCUCCUUGCUUAUAAGCCUUACACUUAAAUAUUGUCUUGAUUUUACAACUUGCUUGAUGAUUCUGUGAUCAGAAAGAUUGGAAGAUGAUGUCCUACGAUUAAAUGAUGCGCGUAGUGUGUCGUCACUUUUUACUACGCUCGCAAUUGUUAACAUUAUGUACACAUGUUUAAAUAAACAACCAAACCUUAUAUUUACAAUACUGAAAGUCGAUCGUAGAAAUGUGAAAAUUACUUUGUAUGAACGAAACCAGGAGAAUUAUUUUGGUGUUUUGUAGUUGUAUUAUUGCAUGUUGAGUUAUAUGUCAGAUAGUUAUGCAAAAUGCAUUCACUGAAUUUUAUAUGCGAGGAAAGAAUUUUUCAUCUUCAUCUUCAUGAUUCAUUCUGGGAAUUAAAUAUUCUUUUUUUUCUUUCUCUCUAUCCCAUUGUACAAUAUUCAAUACACAUCAUUAAUAUAACAAUACUUUCCAGAUAACAACAUAAUACGAUGGAAAUAUAUACAUCGCUUAAGGGUUUUACGGAAUAAAAACCAUUUCAAUCUCUAACUUUUUUUUAAAUAACAGCGCAUGUGUAUUUCUCUUCUUACGUGUUUUAUACUGUAUUUAAAAAAGAUAGUAGUACGUAAUAAAUAAAUAUUCUCUAAACAUAAUGUAAAUGAGAUGCAGGUAAUAUGC